AUGGUGUUUCUCUGGGGUCUGUGGCUGCUUUGCCUGUCUGCUCUGCACUCUCCCCUACAGUUUUCUUUGGCAUAUGACAUUGAGCAAAAGCAUCUCUUCUUAGACAAAGAUGGGGAGCUGAAGGACCUGAAAAGUGCUGGAGUUGUACAGUCUGCACUGCUGGGAGCCGUCCCACCUGUGCCGGACGCAGAGUUGGCAGAAUUUACCCAUGACAACUUCCAGGAGAUCGAUGGAUCUAUGUUACCUUUCACCACCACCCCGCCAAGCACAAGGAAUGACUGGAACACAGAAGAGGAAGUCAUAGCUGGGGCUGUGGGCUGUCACGAACAGCAACCAUCUGGGGAAAUUUCCUCUUCUGAAGAGGAAGGAGAGGCUGAAGAGAAAAGCUGUGAGAUGACUUGGAAGAAGAGCCAAAGGCUAGCAGACGGCUUGAUGAGAUUCAGCAUCGAUCUCCUCAGAGAGGUCCAGCUGGAGUCCAACAGAACCAAUGUGAUCCUGUCACCCCUCAGCGUCGCCUUUGCCUUGUCUCACCUGGCCCUGGGAGCAGCGAAUCAGACAGAGAAGCACUUGCUUGAGGCGAUGCAUCUGGAGUCAGUGCCCUGUCUCCACCACAUGUUGGGCACCCUUCGCAGCAGGCUCACAGAAUCCACCCUCAGCCUCAUGUCGCAUCUGUACCUGCAGAAAGGAUUUGAGGUGAAAGAGAAGUUCCUGGAGGAUUCAGAGAAAUUCUACGGGGCAAAACCCGUGACCCUUUCCGGGAUCAGCGAGGAUGACCUUGUAGCCAUAAACAAAUGGGUAGAGGAAGCAACUAAUGGGCAAAUACCCACCUUCCUACAGCAGCUCCCUGAAAACACAGUGAUGCUUUUGCUCAAUGCAAUCCACUUCCAUGGGUUUUGGAGGAAUAAGUUUGAUGCUAGCUUCACUGGGCCAGAUCUAUUUCACCUUGACAAUGAAUUCAUGGUCCCAGUUGAGAUGAUGAAAGCCCAGAAGUACCCCCUGAGCUGGUUUACGCUGGAGUCCCAGGACAUUCAGGUGGCCAAGUUUCCCUUUAAGAGUAACAUGAGUUUUGUGGUCAUUGUACCAAACCAGUAUACUUGGAACACCUCUCAAGUGCUGGAGAACUUCCCUUAUGCACAACUAUGCAGGCUUUUCCCCAGAGAGGUACCCACCACCGUGAAGAUCCCCAAAAUAAAACUGGAUUACCAGCUGGAACUCAACAAGGUUCUCAGUCAAAUGGGCCUCCACGAGCUGUUCACAAGCCCAGAUCUCCAGAAGAUCACAGAGGAGCCUCUCUUUGUAUCCAGUAUACAGCAUCAGUCCACCCUGGAGCUUAAAGAAGACGGGAUGGAAGCAUCUGCUGCUACUAGUGUCGGGAUUUCACGCUCGGUCUCUGCCUUCAGCCUUGACAGGCCCUUUGUCUUCAUUGUCUUUGAAGAUGAAACAGGCAUUCCACUUUUUAUAGGCAGUGUCCAGAACCCUAAUCCAAAUGCUGCUCCCCAGGUAAAAGACCCACGGGACUCAAGUGAAGCAACAGAUGUCAAUGAGUACCCCAUUCCCAAAUAA